AUGAAUCCAGUUUCUGGGAUUUCUAAGCUCGUUAGAUUGGCCUUGAACGCAGAGGGUAAGAGCUGUGGCGAUUACGGUGACGGAGACCUUCAUAGUAGCUACCUUUUGAUCGCAAAGAAGAAACGGCGCAGGAGAAAGAUGAGCGUGGGCGACUGCAUCGCGGCGUAUGGCACCAAGUUCCGCGGCCAAGAUCUAAGUGCAGAUGGGCGUCGAAACGGGAAAGUUGGCGCGGGCUUUGGGGGAGGCGGGUGCCAAGUAGGAUAA